AUUGGAUUUGUGCGGUUGCAAAAAAAGAAAAACUUCACAAAACAAUUUUUUACACAAAACAAAAAAAAAAAACAAUUUCUUAAUUUAAUAUUUCCUGUUUUAAAUUCGUUGUUAAAUCAUACAAAUUAAUAAGCAAUCAUGCCAAGUCUAUUAGAUUCUUGUGAAAAGUAUUUCAAUACUCGUAAUCUCUAUGAACUUUUAGAGAUUCCCAAGGAAUCUCUUGAAAAAGAUAUUAAAAAAGCAUAUUAUAAAAUAUCACUAAAAGUCCACCCUGAUCGGGUGCCUGAAGAAGAUAAAGAAAUUGCCACUGAAAAGUUUAAAGUCUUGGCAAAAGUCCAUCAAGUCCUUACCGAUCAAAACAAAAGAGCAUUAUACGAUGAACAAGGUGUUAUUGAAAAUGAUGAAGAUGAAGGAAGCCUUUCGACUUGGUUAGAAUUAUGGAAGAAGAUCUUUAAACCCAUUACCACAGAGGAUAUUGAAAACUAUGAAAAGGAAUAUGUUGGUUCCGAUUUGGAACGAGCUGAUAUUAAAAAAGCAUAUCUUGGUGGAAAGGGAUGCUUAAAUCACAUCAUCAAUUCGGUUCCAUUCAUUGCUGUGGAGGACGAACCACGAUUAAAGGAAAUCGUUCAAGAAAUGAUCGACGCAGAAGAAGUUCCUGAGUUUAAAAUUUUCACCAAUGAACCGGCAGCUAAACGUAAACGUCGUCAUCAGAAAUAUGCUCGUGAAAAACUCGAAUCAGACGAAUUAAAGAAAAGAAUCAAACAAUCUACAAAUUUGACUCUGGAACAGCAAAUAAUGAAAAGACAAGAAAGUCGACAAAACAGUUUCACAUCAUUGAUGGAUAAAUUAAUUGAAAAAUAUGGCGAUGAAGAUGAUGAUGAUGUAGUUGAUUUCGAUGCGCUUGAGGCCAAAAGCAAAAAGAAAAUCAAGAAGGUAGUUGAAAAAACAAAUAACAAAAAAUCAACAACAAAGGCCAAAGAGAGAUUAGUCCGAAAUGGAAAAGUCAAGAAAAAGAAGGCCGAUUAGAGUUGAAUUAUAGAAUUCAUAAUAAUUCAUAUUUUUGCUCCAUAUACUUUAUGUUAGUGUUUUUUUUUUUAUUUUAUAAUUAAAUUUUUCAUUAAAAAUAUAUACAUACAUAAUCAAAAAUCCA